GUGAGCUUGUGUGUGUGUAUGAGUAUUGUUAUGAUUGUUAAAAGUUAACCAAACUGCUAGUUAAAUGUACUAGCGCUUGUUAAAAUAAUAUUAAGUUAAAACAGAAAGCCCGAGAAUGCUGCGCCUGCUACUCUCCAACUGCACAACACGCAGCGAACUGCCACUAAGUCGCAACUUGCUGCAGCAGCUGCCUAAAGUACGACUGCAGAAUGCGCAGCGCUUGUUGCGCCAACAGGCGACACAGGCGCGCCCACAGCCGCCAAUCACGAAUCGAGUAGCAUUACGCUGUGGUGGACUGACCUUGGGCUUGGGCAUGGGCAUGGGUGUGGCAUGGCGUAAAUGGACAGCACACUGUGAGGGAAAUCGACUGGCUGGCGUGGUGCAGCAGACAUUGGAGGAAGUGGAGGCGGCAGCGGAGCAGCCACAGUUUGACUGGCGACGACUAUGGGCAUAUUUGGAGCCACAUCUCUGGGAACUUAUAGGCGCGAUAUGUGCGGCGCUUGUGGUGGCUUUCAUUAAUAUACGCAUACCCAAUCUGCUCGGGGAGCUGGUCAACACGUUGGCGCGCUACGCCAACACGUAUGUGAAGGAUCCCAUAAACAACAACUUUGUCAAGGAUGUGAGCAAGCCUGCUAGCAAUUUACUGAGCUUAUAUAUGCUGCAAUCCGGAUUUACCUUUGUAUAUAUAUAUCUAUUAAGCCGGAUUGGCGAACAAAUGGCAGCACGCAUGCGACAGGAUCUGUUCAAGCAGCUGGUGCUGCAGGAUAUCGAAUUCUAUGAUGAGCAUCGCACGGGCGAGUUGGUGAAUCGUCUGACAGCAGAUGUGCAGGAUUUCAAGACGAGCUUUAAACAAUUUAUAGCGCAUGGCUUGAGGAGCGGCGCACAACUUAUUGGCGGCAGCAUAUCCUUGUUUAUGAUAUCACCACACAUGGCGGCCAUUGCCUUGGCCAGCGUGCCCUGCGUGGUCAUGUUUAUGUCCUAUCUAGGACGCAAGCUGCGCACGCUGAGCAAACGUUCCCAAGCACAGUCCGAGCGUGCCACAGGCGUCUGCGAGGAGGCGCUUUCCAACAUACGCACGGUGCGCUCCAGCGCAUGUGAAUAUCGUGAGAUGCAAUUGUUUGAAAGCGAAACCAAUGAGGCUGCUCGUCUGGCACAGGAGCUCGGCUAUGGUAUUGCUGUCUUCCAGGGCUUAACAAACUUUUUCCUCAACACUUUAAUACUUUCGACACUGUUUAUGGGCGGUCAUCUGAUGUCCAUGGAGAGUCUAACGCCUGGUGCCUUAAUGGCCUUUCUGGUCGCCUCCCAAGGUGUGCAGCGUUCCCUGGCGCAGGGAUCCGUGCUGCUGGGCACGAUGAUUCGCGGCAUGACAGCCGGCACACGCAUCUUUGAGUACCUGGCGCUGCAGCCCAAGGUGGAGCUACUGCGUGGCUAUAUUAUACCUCAGGAACGUCUGCACGGUGAGCUGCGUUUCGAGCAUGUCAGCUUUGCCUAUCCCAUGCGUCCAGAUCAGCUAGUGCUAAAGGACUUUAGCCUAACGCUGCAUCCAGGACAAACCGUAGCCUUGGUAGGCGCUAGCGGCUCCGGCAAAUCCACCAUUGCCGCACUUUUGGAGCGUUUCUAUGAGCCCAGCUCGGGUCAUAUCAAACUGGACGGCUAUAAGCUAGCGGAUAUAUCGCCCUAUUGGCUGCGUGCCAAUGUUUUGGGUUUCAUAGAGCAACAGCCCGUGCUCUUUGGCACUAGCAUAUUGGAAAAUGUGCGCUAUGGCAAACCAGAUGCUACGCCGGAAGAUGUCUAUGCUGCCUCAAAGCUGGCGCAAUCGCAUGAAUUUGUGGAGGCGCUGCCCGAGGGCUAUCAAACGCAUGUGGGUGAGCGUGGCACACAACUAAGCGGUGGACAGCGUCAACGCAUUGCCAUAGCACGUGCACUAGUCAAGAACCCCAGAGUUCUCAUCCUAGAUGAAGCUACCAGUGCGCUGGAUGCCACCAGCGAGUCGGAGGUGCAAAAAGCUCUGGAUACGGCGGUGCAAAAUCGCACUACAUUGGUUAUAGCACACCGACUCUCCACCAUACGCAAUGCAGAUUUGAUUGUAGUCCUAGAUCAGGGCUGUAUUGUCGAGUCCGGUAAACAUGAUGAGCUUAUGGCUAAGCGUGGUCUGUAUUAUGAUUUAGUGCGUCAGCAGGAGCGUCGUGAGCUUCAGGACCAAGUUCAGGCUGUGGAAAAGGCAACUGCAACUGCCACUGCCAACGAUCAUUUGCCACAAGGCUAAGAUUGUUCCAAAACAAAUCCAACAAACUUGACAAUUAGUACAAUAACUCAAUUAGCUAAUGCAAUAUGAUUCCCUGUAAAUAGCAACAAUGAAAUGCAACGAAAA